AUGUCUUCCUCGCACAUCGCCCGCAUCUUCAUCAGAUACCCCGUCGAUACCUUGGCCAUUGCUCGGUACAUCAACCCAAUCCUCAUCGCCGUCAUCAUUCUCAACGAGCAAUUUCGAGUCCGCGCUAAAGAGCGGCAAGCCAGUCCUUCUAUGCAGUCCGCGGGUCAAACGCAUCCUGCGAGGUGUGACGGGCUCGCCAGUUCUUCCCCGAUAGCUGCGGUCGACCCGAGUUCCUCGGUCCACGACGUUCGGCUUGUCGUCGUCCGCUAUGUCCUCCAGAUCCUUUGCACAGGCCUCUAG